UGGGGCGGGAGCUGGCGCUCUGGGUGCGCCCAGGCCUGCCCGGCAGUUGCGCAAGUUGUGCCUGCGAGACUAUAAGACGGGCCGGCAGGCAUGGAGCUCCGCAGCGACUGCGGUGGAGCAGUUUCGAGGCCCAAGAAGCACACCUGGGAAGCAAGAUGCGUUGUGGAUCGCUGUGCCAGUUCCUGUGCCUUUGGCUCUGUCUGUCCUGCGUUGAAGCCGUACCCACGCAAAAAAUCCAGGAUGACACCAAAGUGCUCAUCAAGACGAUUAUCACCAGGAUCAAUGGCAUCUCGCACAUGCAGUCGGUCUCCAAAUACAUGGUCACUGGUUUGGACUUCCUGCCUGGGUUCCACUCUGUGCUGGGUUUGUCCAUGAUGAACGAGAUCUUGGAGACCUACCAAAAGAUCCUCAUCAAUCUGCCUUCCAGAAAUUUGAUGCAAAUAUCUAAUGACAUGGAGAACCUCCAACACCUUCUCCAACUGCUGGCCUCCUCCAAGGGCUGUCACUUCCACCAGGCCGAGGGCUUGCAGUCCCUGAAGGGCAGCAUCCUGGAAGCUUCGCUCUACUCCACAGAGGUGGUGGUCCUGAACGGGCUGAAGGCGUUCCUGCAGACCAUGCUGCGGCAGCUGGAGUUCAGCCCUGAGUGCUGAAGCCUUGGUGGCCUCUCUUCUCAAAGUCAAUGGAAGAAACUUGAGCUUCCAGGCGUCUCCAGGAGAAGAGAGGCUGUGUGUACAUACUUUAUCCAGGCCUCUGGUCCACUCUCUCUCACACCUCCACGCUACCCUUCCAAAGGCAUGCAACUCCAAGGCACAAAACCAAAGAUAGAAAUACACGAGUCCAUGCUCACCGGGAAUGUGGCCCAUCCAGCAAACAGGGAGGACUGGAUCUGGGCUUCUCACAAAUCUCCCUCCCUGUUCCGUCUCCCCUCUCACUGCAUGCUUUAGUGUGACCCGGGGUGGUUUCAGGAGGCGGGUCGCAAAGCCCUUGGACCAUCAGCUCAAGGCUCCAUCUGAGAAUUCUGGGGAGCAUCAUGAAGGCUACAUCCACACACAGCUGGAAGCUCCCAGCAAUACAAGUCAGAAGCACUUAUUUAUUUAUUACCCCCUUUAUUCUGCAUGGAUUUCAGGCAAAACGUGGACUGUUCCAGGCUCUUUGGGGUCAUCUGGGGCCAGGGAUGCUCCUGUGAGAAGCCCAGAUCCCAUCAUCCCUCUAUUUGCUGGAUGAGCUCCAGGAAUCUCUGUUUCCAGUCCCAUCGGUGGGCCUGGCCGUGGCAAACCCAUUUCGAGUGACUUGAGGGCUCUGCAGUUACUUCUCUUGUAACUGGCUUUGUUCCUGCUGUGACUGAUUUUUAAAUUACAGUGUUUGCAAUGGCAUUGCUCUGAGCAGAUCUCCAAGGGCCAGGUUAUUUUUAAAAGAAGAUGAAUUUUGUCAAGUGUAAUAUACAGUGUUUGCACCCGGAGGUGGGGAAUGUGUUGGU